GACAGGAGUCUGAAAACUGAUAACACUAUUAUAACAGUAACAGUGAUAACUUUAGUUUUGAAAGAAAACAGAGGACAAUUUAUUUUAUAUAGUGUUGAAUAUUUGAUAAUAUUCCAAAUUACUUUCUAUGGACUAGCCAGAAGUAUCGCUCUACAAUUAUACAGAGUUAAAAUAGGCUGAUCAUGUCAACAUAAAUAUUGCUCGAAUUUAUAAAGAAAACUUUAUUGCAAGCCAUCAAAACAAAAUCUGAAAUAAAGUGAAAAUAAACUAGAAAUACAUAACUCAAUGUGUUAACAAUGAUAUUUAUUAUAUUAAUCUGUGUUCUACAACCUGUUAUAACAUCUAAGGAAUCGGGCUGUGGUUGUAACCUUAAUCGUGCCGAGGAUGCGCAGAUCGCUUCAGAAAGUAUUUUUAACCAUCUGGAUAGCGAUGCAGAUCAGUGUUCUAGAUGCCAGGAUGGUGGUGAUGACUGUAGCACAAUAGAGAAAAAAACUACAUCAGAAUCAAUGAUAUUUGUGCCCACUGAUGAAUAUCAAGUUGGCACAGAUGAUAUAGCAAUAGAAAGUGACCAAGAAGGUCCUAAAAGAUUGGUUAAACUUGACGGUUUUUAUUUAGAUAAAUAUGAAGUCUCAAAUGAGGCUUUUGCUCAUUUUGUAGAUAAGACUAAUUAUAAGACUGAAGCCGAACAGUUUGGAGAUAGUUUUGUGUUCGCAGCAUUUCUUAAUAGUACAUUUAAAGAACAAUUGAAAGAUUAUCGUGCUGUACAGGCAGUCUGGUGGUAUAAAGUGCAGGGUGCUGACUGGAGACAUCCAUUUGGACCAGAUUCAGAUAUAAAAGAAUCAAUGGAUCACCCUGUUAGUCAUGUGUCAUGGAAUGAUGCAAAAGCAUACUGCAAAUGGAAAGGGGGCAGAUUGCCUUCAGAAGCAGAAUGGGAAGCAGCCUGCCGAGGUGGCCAUAGAGAUACAAAGUACCCAUGGGGAGACAAACUUUUCCCUGAUCGAAAACAUAUGGCUAAUAUAUGGCAAGGCACUUUUCCGACACACAAUUCAGCCAAAGAUGGUUAUGAAGGUACUUGCCCGGUAGACAUGUUUCCUCCAAAUGAUUUUGGCCUAUACAACAUGGCUGGCAAUGUGUGGGAAUGGACUGAAGAUUCCUGGGCUGGAAAAAAUCCUAAAGAAAAGGUGAAGAAAGGUGGUUCUUACCUGUGCCACCUAUCCUACUGUUACCGCUAUAGAUGCUCUUCAAGGUCUCAUAACACAGAAGACAGUUCUGCAGGAAACUUGGGAUUCCGCUGUGCAAAGUCUGCCAAGUAAAUGUGUUUUUGUAUGUAUGUAAUGUACUUAAAAUAAGCUGGAAAGAUUACUGAACCUCGCACAGCCAAACUAGUCUUUCAAUCAAAUCAACUGUAGUUUAGACAUUAUUAAGUAUACAUAACUCUGAGGUUUGUACGAUUUACCUGAUUCAAUUUGUUAUAGGCAUAAAUGAUAUCACAAUUUUUUAUUUUAUGAUAUUUGCAGAAUCUAUUAAAAUUAAAUUAUUAGUUUUUGAAACUUUUUUAUUGAAUUAUAAAGUAAAACAUAUUCAUUUUCAUUUUGAUUUGUGUUAACGUAAGAGACAUUUUAUAUUUUUAUACACUUAUUAUCUUUUAUACAUUUUUAUACUCCCGUCUUACCAUAAGAAAUGAAUUAAGCAAUUCAUGACGAUCCUGUAAAACCUUUAUCUAAAGGUUGCAUAGCAAAAGCUGUGUGUAGUCAUUAUAAUUUGUUAUCUUUGGCCAAAUAACUGAGUUGUAUUCUCUAUUAAAAUUUUAAAUUGUAUAAAGAAACUGUACACUAAGAUCUAAUAUUAAAUGUAUUUUAUAUUAAUUAGAAUAUUUAAUUGAAAAUAAACUUGUUUAUUUUAA